UCUUUCGUUUCCUUGUGCUGCCGUUGGCUUGAGUUUUACAGCAGACAAACAAAAAGGAAAAGGAAGGAAAAGCAGAAAGUCGAUCACUUUUCUUUUUCUAACAUGCAAAACCCAACUCGGUAUUCCCACUUUUGACCCUCUUUCACUUCAUUCCCAUGAACCCACCUCUUCUCCACUUACACUACUCUCCUUAAUAUAUGUAUUAGACUUUCUCUUCUUGUUCUUCUUCUAUGGCUGUUUCUGAUAUUAAACAAGUACUGGAAUUUUUGAAGAAUAAUGGCUUCUCAGAAUCUGAAUCGGCUCUUAUAGAAGAUAUCAUGGACAAAUCCGAAUUGGGUUCUUUGGAUUAUGAAAGAUUUCUAUUCCCUAUGAUUCCCCCCCCUCCUCUUCUUAACAUUCCUUCCCUGAUUUCUGCUAAGAAUCAUUCCAGCUCUGUCUCUUCUGACGACGAAUUUGUCAGCUUGGCCUCUUCUGCCACCGGUUUCUGCUCAUCUGAAUUUACAAAUCCAUAUGGAAUUCGUACUACAGCCGUUUCCAGUUCUCAAUCAUCAUCUGAUGGGUUAUCUCAAUUUGGUACUGCAAGAGAUUACCAUGAUUUUGAUAUGCAAAAUGACCUGUUCUGGUACAGGGAGAAAGAUGAAGAUUUUCCCAUUCCACCUUACUUUGGAAGCUCAGAAGGUGUGGGGGCCCCUAGUGAGGACAAGUUUGUGAUGAUCGAAGCAUCUGAUAGACAGAAUGUCACUAGUCCCAAUUGGGAAUAUAAAGCAGAAAGAUGGCCAAUAGCCACCGAUCAUAAUGGCCAAUUAGAUGAAGGCCUGAAAGAUUACUAUCAUCUGGAUAAACAAAAGCACCUUGUAGGGGAAGGUGGAAUGUGUGAAUUUACCUGUUCAUCUCCACUUUGUGCUUGUUGCAAGGGGCCAAAAGAUAUUUAUGGUGGCGAUCUUGACAACAUGGAUAUCAACUUAACUGAGGCUAACUAUUUGCAGUACGACCCACCCAGAGGGAGGAAAACUGAUGUUGGAAACAACUAUUUCAUUGAAACAAGUUGCAAUACUAACUGGAUUGGAGAUCACAAGGGUACCCUUGACCUUCAACCUAAGGCUGUUGAUGAAGUUUACCAUUCAUAUGUACAUGGAGACUAUGAACCAAAAGAUGAUAGAUUGGAGGCUCUGGAAGGCAGUGAACCCGAUGAGGCAGCAGAUGAAGAGGGAGGUGCUACUUCAGAUGAGCUUUUGAUGUUUGAAGGCGAAAAUGAGUUUGAAGUAUUUAAUCUGAGAAUCAUACACAGGAAAAACAGGACUGGGUUUGAGGAGAGCAAGGAACUUCCUAUUAUUCUAAAUAGUAUUAUCGCCGGCAGAUACUAUGUAACAGAAUAUCUUGGUUCAGCUGCAUUCAGCAAAGUCAUUCAGGCUCAUGAUAUGCACACUGGAGUAGACGUUUGCUUGAAGAUUAUAAAGAAUGACAAGGACUUCUUUGAUCAAAGUUUAGAUGAGAUUAAGCUUCUAAAGUUUGUGAACAAGAAUGAUCCUUGUGAUGAGCACCAUAUACUGCGAUUAUAUGAUUACUUCUACCAUCAGGAACACCUCUUUAUUGUUUGUGAACUUCUCCGUGCAAAUUUAUAUGAAUUUCAGAAAUACAACCGAGAAUCUGAUAUAGAGCCUUAUUUUACAAUGAGCAGGCUGCAGACCAUAACUCGGCAGUGCUUGGAGGCACUAGUGUUUUUACAUAAUCUGGGGAUCAUCCACUGUGAUCUGAAGCCUGAAAAUAUUCUCAUCAAAAGUUAUCGAAGGUGUGAGAUAAAAGUUAUUGAUCUUGGAAGCAGUUGCUUUCAGUCAGACAGCUUGUCCUUAUAUGUACAGUCUCGUUCCUAUAGGGCUCCUGAAGUCAUCUUAGGCCUUCCUUAUGAUGCAAAAAUUGAUCUUUGGUCUCUAGGCUGCAUCUUGGGAGAGCUGUGCUCUGGAGAGGUGCUUUUUCCAAAUGAAGCAGUCGUUAUGUUGCUUGCACGUCUGAUCGGAAUGCUUGGUCCUAUAGACACGGACAUGUUAGAAAGGGGACAGGAGACCUACAAAUAUUUCACCAAGGAUUAUGACCUUUAUUAUAUAAAUGAGGAUACUAGUCUACUGGAAUACAUCAUCCCCGAGGAAACAUCAUUGGAGCAUCAGCUGUCAGUUUCUGAUCCAUUGUUCCUCGACUUUGUCAGAAAGUUGCUUGAGAUAACUCCUCAAAAGCGCCCCACGGCUAAGGAGGCCCUAGGUCACCCUUGGCUUUCCCGUUGGUACAAGUAGAAUCCGAAGUAUUACUUGUUUGUGUUUCAUGGUAUAUCACGAGUUUGAAGCUGUUCUCGGGGCACAAAGGUUUCCUGACAGCAGAGGUUCGUUCUUUGUUGCGGAUAUUGAUUCAAUGGGUACAUAGUUUCCAGAUUCUCUGUUGCUUAUAAGGAUUCGGUUUCCAGAUUCUCUGUUGCUUAUAAGGAUUCGGUUUUCAUUUUUUGAUGCUUUCUUGUAGAUAAUAUAGGGAAAAACUGCUUUGUUAUGCCUUUGGAGGAUAACACAGUUUCCUUGUGCUGUUUUGAGUCUUGUGAGAUGUGAAUAUAAUCUUGGCGUGUAUUGGUGAUUUUGGGUAAAUAAUAAAAAGAAUUCACUUGGUUAUAUUUGUUGAUAAAA